ACGUUUGUUCUAAAUAUAUUUCUGUGUUUAUGUUUUUGCUUUAGGAGUACAAGAUCCUCAGCAUGAGAGAGUUAUUACUGUGUCUAGUAAUGGCAGCAUUCACAGCCCGAGGUUUCCUCAUACUUAUCCAAGAAAUAUGGUCUUGGUAUGGAGACUUGUAGCUGUAGAGGAAAAUGUCUGGAUACAACUUACGUUUGAUGAGAGAUUUGGGCUUGAAGACCCAGAAGAUGACCUAUGCAAGUAUGAUUUUGUAGAAGUUGAGGAUCCCAAUGAUGGAGCAAUAUUAGGGCGCUGGUGUGGUUCUGGUGCUGUUCCAGGAAAACAGAUUUCUAAAGGAAAUCAAAUCAGAAUACGAUUUGUCUCUGAUGAAUAUUUCCCUUCUGAACCAGGGUUCUGCAUCCACUACAACAUUGUCAUGCCACAAUUCACAGAAGCUGUGAGUCCUUCAGUGUUACCCCCUUCAGCUUUGCCACUGGACCUGCUUAAUAAUGCUGUGACCGCCUUCAGUACCUUGGAAGAUCUUAUUCGGUAUCUUGAACCAGAUAGAUGGCAGUUGGACUUAGAAGAUCUGUAUAGGCCGACUUGGCAACUUCUUGGCAAGGCUUUUGUUUUUGGGAGAAAAUCCAGAGUGGUGGAUCUGAACCUUCUGAAAGAGGAGGUAAGAUUAUACAGCUGCACGCCUCGUAACUUCUCGGUGUCCAUAAGGGAAGAACUAAAGAGAACCGAUACCAUUUUCUGGCCAGGUUGUCUCCUGGUUAAACGCUGUGGUGGAAACUGUGCCUGUUGUCUCCACAAUUGCAAUGAAUGUCAGUGUGUCCCAAGCAAAGUAACUAAAAAAUACCACGAGGUCCUUCAGUUGAGACCAAAGAAUGGUGUCCGGGGAUUGCACAAAUCCCUCACAGACAUAGCCCUGGAGCACCAUGAGGAGUGUGACUGUGUGUGCAGAGGGAACACGGGAGGGUAGUCACCACCAGCAGCCCCAGCUCAGGGCUGCACACGGCACAGCAGCUGAUUCUGUUAGAGGACUUCUGCAUUAUCUCGAUCCUUACUCUCGGUCGUUUGCUUCAAGGAUCUUUCACCUUCAAGAUUCCCAGUGCGUCUAAAAGAGGAGACACCAAGCAGAGUUAGAAGUCAUGCAACAGCUCUUUUGAGAGGAGGCCCAAAGGACAGGAGAAAAGGUCUUCAAUCAUGGCAAGAAAAUCCAAUCUUGUAAAUCACUAUCUAGUCCGACGUUACUGUGUGCCUAUGCCACUAGCUGCAUUCUGUAUUUCAGUUGUCUUAAUGUGGCUUGGAUUAGUGUCAGUACAGGAACAAAGCUCCGUGCAAGUGAGCACCCGAUUCUGUUGCUUUGCUUAGCUAAAAAAAAGCUCCAUGUUCUGGGUCUAAAAUCACAGAAAAUCUGGAAUUUUUUCCCUUAUAUUCCCAUAGAUAAGCCAGAAUGUUCUGCAAAUUUGGUUUUGAAAAAGGAACUAUGUUGCUAUGAAUUAAACUUGUGUCAUACUGAUAGGAAAGACUGGAUUUUCCAUAUUUCUUGUUAAAAGUUCCACUGUUUCGAAGAAGAGAACUCCAUUCAUGUUUUAGAAGAGACAGACCUGAAAAGAAGAGUGGCCUUAUCUUCACUUUAUAAGUUGGUUUAUUUGUUUUAUUGUGUACAUUUUUAUAUUCUCCUUUUGACAUGAUAACUAUUGGCUUUUCUAAUCUUGUUAAAUAUUAUCUAUUUUUACCAAAGGUAUUUAAUAUUCUUUUUUAUGCCAACCUAGAUCAACUAUUUUUAGCUUGGUAAAUUUUUCUAAACAGAAUUGCUAUAGCCAGAGGCCCAAGGAUGGCAUACAAUAUUGUUGCUCUGACAAAAAUACAUGUAUUUUAUUCUCGUAUGGUGCUAGAGCUUAGACUAAUCCGAAUUUUAAAAUACUGAAAUGGGAAAUCAAUAAAAUUGGUAAGUUGAAAAGACUUUUUGAAAAUAAUUAAAUUAUAUCUUCCACCUCUGUUAUUGGAGAAGCAAAUAGAAAGCAACCUCGUAAAGGAGACAUUCAGAUCCAGUCAUUACUAACCUAAUUCUCUUUUGGGGAAAUAUGAGCCUAGCUCAGAAGUUCAUAAAGCACCUUGAAAAAAGAGACUUGGCAGCUUCCUGACAAAGCGUGCUACGCUGUGCUGUAGGAACACAUCCUAUUUAUUGUGAUGUUAUGGUUUUAUUACCUUUAAACUCUGUUCCAUACGCUUGUAUAAAUACAUGGAUAUUUUUAUGUACAGAAGUAUAUCUUUUAACCAGUUCACUCAUUGUACUCUUUGGCAAUUGAAAAGGAAAUCAGUAAAAUACUUUGCUUGUAAAAUGCUUAAUAUUGUACGUAGGUUAUGUGGUGACUAUUUGAAUUAAAAAUGUAUUGAAUCAUCAAAUAAAAGAAUGCAGCUAUUUUCAGGAGAAA